AUCGAAUGGAUAAGCUGGACGUUUUAUUUUCAAAUUUUGUUGUUGUUUGAUAAUUUGAUUUUAGUUUUUUUUCAGGUCCAAUGGAGAAGAGCUUCGAUUUAAGUGCCCUAUUGAAGAACCAUGAGAAAAAGCAUAAAGCUAAACCAGUCCAGUUCGUGAGCAUCGCAGGAGGGGUACUGUGUACAAUUUAAAUAAAAUUUAGUAGUAGGCACCCAGUACUUAGCUUUAUCAUGCAUGCGUCUAACUCUGAUUUUCAGGUCCAAAAGCGGCUCGAAUCCAAUUUAAAGGGAAGGCGAUGCAGCCGCCUGUCUCUUUUUGACAGGAUAAGAAACCUUCCAAGAUGCGAGAGUCCUGCACCCUUGUCAGAGGCUCAACAGAAAGUGGAGCAGAGGAGAAAACAGUUAGAAAAGUGGAAAGAGGAAAAAGAGAAACGCAAGAAAGAGCUUGCUUCACAAAAGAAGAAGCCAUUUGUAGCGGGAGUGCCCCACAACCCGCUCAAAUUUGUUCCACCGCCUCCUCCAAGGGCUAUGCCUAGUACAUCGGGAAGGGUAACUAGGUCACAAGCUGCAAAAAACAAUGUUACCAAGCAGAAAGUGGAAUUAAAACCAGUGAAAGUCGAAACAAAGCCGAAGGCAGCGAAGUCAUCCCAAUCUUUUGCUCCAAAAAAUGCUUCCUUUCGACCUCCAGAAAUCAAGAAUUUGACUAAAGUCCCCUUACUAGAGCCUGUCACAAAAACUAGAAUGCAAAAUGAUAAAUACACUUUCAAUUUCAAUACUGAAACUAACAUAGCCAAAAUAAAUACUGAAAUAACAUUAACACAAACAAGACCCAAAUCAGCGAAACCUGUUGAACCUAGAAUGACCACUCGUAGGGCUGCUAGGGAACUUGAGAAGGCUACUACUAACAGUAGAGUUACUAAAAUGUCCAGUCCUGUCAAAAAAGUUGUGAAAUCUUCAAAGAACUUAAUGUCAGGAUCUUCAAGUAGUGAUAUUGAUAGCACAGUGAAGUCUGUGUUAAGAAAACCCAGUCCAAAAGUUGCUAAAACUACAAAGAACAUUUUUUCAUCAUCAAGUAGUGAGGAUACCACUGAAUCAAAACCUAUAAUGAAGAAACAAAUUCAGAAAGAAACAAGGAAGUCCAAAAAUGAAUCAUCAUUGACAUCGAGCAGUGAAGUAGAGAUUGCAACCGUAAAGAAAUCUACAAGGAAAUCUAUAUCAAAACCUGUUGUUGCUCAAUCUUCAACAAGCGAUCUUGAUAGUUCAGCAUCAGAGAAAUCUCCGAUAUUAAAAAUAUCCACACCAUUGAGAUCUCGAAAAGGAGCUAAUGUUGUGACACCUAAAAAUCCAGUGCCAAAGAGUGAAUCAAGCUCUGAAGAGCGAUUGAGAUCUCCAAAGUCACCUGGAGACAUGGGGAAAACUGUUGUUACACAGCAAGAAGAUGCGGAGGAUAGCAAGAGGAUUAGUCCAUGUGUGACUAUGUCAAGAGGCAAGGCUAAUGCUCGGAAGGAAAUGAAGCAAAAGAUUGAUGAUGGCCUCCUAGAUGAAGACAACAGUGAAGCAGAGAGUGUAGAGCACUUCCGAAGACAGUUGGCGUCCGAGGUGGCCCGGCUCACUGAAAUGUGUGACUCUUGGGAAAAGAUCAAGGAACACACCAUAUUGGCCGAGGCUGUUCAGGACGAGGUGCUGGGGGCCGUGGGCCAGGGCCGGCUGCUGGUGUCGUCGAAGCUGCAGCAGUUCGCGGCGCUGCUGCGGCGCUGCGCGCGGCCGGAGCCCGGCGCGCCGCUGGUCACGCCCGCCGACCUCCACGGCUUCUGGGACAUGGUCUUCAUGCAGAUAGAGAACGUAGACAUGAGAUUCAAGCGCCUGGAGCAGCGGCGCGCGCGCGACUGGGCAGACGAGGCUCCUGCGCCGGCGCAGAGGAGACCUGUGAAGACCUGUGGCGGCAGGAAGGCGGCCAGGCCGGCCGGCGGACACAGCCGGCUCCGGGAGAUGAUUGCAGCUGCAAGAAAAGCGAAGAAGGAUCAAGAGGUACAGCAAACACAACCGGACAGCCAAACGGACGACAAGACUUUCGAAGCUGGCUUUUUUUGCGUUCGGUCCCCGGUUCGAUCGCCGGCGCCGGCGACACCCAACAACAAACAGAAUUUGUUAAAAGCUGUGUUGUCCAGUGAGGCUAAGAAGGCUUCUGCUAACAAGGGUUCAUCGUCGUUCGCAAUGCUUCGAGCUUCGAUCCUGUGCAGAAAUUUGGAAGCCGAAGGGAUAGCUCCAUUACCACAAACGCCCCUGCCCCAAAUAAAUAUGAACGCAACACCAGGCCGCAGUAUACUCAAAUCGACCAACGUGAAAUCGGGCAAGAAAUCCAUCAAAGUCGUACUGUUCAACGACUCAGACCCCGACGUACAAGUCACCCCCGUCAAAGACAAUAUAGAAAACCAGAACGCCGAUAGCGGCCUAUCGUCUAUGGACUACGAAAAUAAGGAAAACAAAUCGAAAUCAAAAGCGAGGUUGUCACGUCAAGACGCCGUUGAGGAUUCAGGAGUUGUUACUAGGAGUCGGCGCAAGAGUGUAAGAACGCCGCAGACUCAAGAAAAAGUGGAGAAGAAUGAGAAGCCUCGUAGGUCUUCUAGAAGGAAAACGCUACAGGAAAAUGAUGACAAUGUGCCGGAAGUGAUCACUCCUGUAAGGUCGUCGAGGAGACGCAAAAGCAAUGUGCAAGCGGUUGCGUAGUUCGCCGUAAGAAUGUCGAAGAUCUUGAGAAGGGAAAGUAAGGAAGCGGGCCCUGGGCUCUGACGCUUUAUAGCUGAGGAAGAAACGCUCAGGUGAGAGGGAGCGUAGUUUCAUUUUUGUUUGGGUCAAUUUUAUAUAGACUCCACACGUUUCAACGUACAUUACUGCUUUUGCUUGAGUGAAUAAAAUCUGAUAAAACUACGUAAUGUAAGUUUGUGCGCGUCGGCGAAAGGUGGAAAUGGCCCUAUAUAUUGUGUCUAUAUUUCUGUCUGAUUUUUUUUAUUAUUUUUCUUUCCAAGUCUGUUAAUGCUAUCGAAAGGGAGUGUAGUUGUUUUUUAUACGAUUUUGUAGAUUCACUUUUACAUAGCACUUUAAUACUUUAUAGUAAUCCUUCUAAUAUUAUAAAAGCGAAAGUUUGUGAGGAUAUUUGUGUUUAUGUUUGUUACUCUUUCACGCAAAAUUUACUGGACGGAUUGUUAUGAAAUUUGGUAACUUCUUUAGGUAAUUCCCACGGGACUAGCAACCGUCCAGUAGAUUUGAAAAAGAAUAAUAAAUACAUACACACACACACACAAAUCCACACACACACACACACACACACAUAAACUUUCUCAUUUAUAAUAUUAGUUUAGUAACUAUAUAUGCCCAUACUUAGGUAUAUUUUCUGAAAUGGUAUCAAAAAUAAUGUUCUUAACGAAAAUUUCGGCGUAAAAUUUUUUUGUAUCGUUUUGGAAACCAUUCUAUAUUCAUGCCAUGGUUUGUUCUAGUUUAUGAAUUCUAGAUUAUUGACAUUGACAAUAAUAAAUAGGUAUGUGAUUAUGAGUGCCUCGAAUUUUUUAAAGAAUUAAUUAACCAUUGAAUCAUGUCUAAAAUUAUAUAAAAACGUUUGUCUAAAGUGCGUAAUUUUUAUGACAAAUUGCGUGUACCGAAUCUCUGAAUUAUGUUUUUGUAGAAACUAAUGCCAAAAUAAAACAAGUAUUUCAAUAAGUUUCAUGACAAUAAGUGUUUGAAGUGUAUUAGGAUUUAUGUAGUAUGAUGUAGACAAUUAUGUAAUAGUUUAUUAAUAAAUUUAAUUGUAAUA